GACUCUCUCUCGUUUUCUCUCUCUUCCUUCCUUCAUUCCUUCUUGGCUUAUUCUUCCUCCGUCCUUUCUUCCAAUCCCCAAAAUCUUAUAAUUACAACUCCGGUUACUAUUUUCCCUUCUCUUUCUCUCCCUCCUAGAUUUUAUGGCCAGAGCCCGCGGCAGUGGACUCUCCAUUGAUUCACCAGAUCUCACCAUACCUCCUCCUCCUGCUCCUUCUACUCGCGAUUCUUCACCCACGACGACUCUCUCUAGUCAUACCACUCGCUCUGCCACCGCCAUCGCCCCGCCGCCGCCCCGAUUCCUCUUCGCUCGCGACCACCACCAAAUUCCAACCAUCCUCAAUUCCCUCCCUCUCAUGGAUGAUUCCUCUGCCGCCGCCGCCGCUCGCUCUUCCUCUUCUCCUUCCCAUCCUCUUCAACCGGCCACAAUUCAGUUCCCGGUCAACCUCAACUCCUCCUCCUCCAACCGCCUCCCUCGAAAUCUCCUUCCUCGAGACGACGCAAUCGACGAAGGCGGCGGCGGCGACAAUCAUCAUCGGCGGAAGGUGAUCGAUGAGAUGGACUUCUUCGCCGAGAGGAAUCCAAGCAACGGCCUCGAUCUCAUGAGUAUCGACAGAGUCGCCGCCGCCGAGGCCGACGACUGUAACCGUGGAUUGGAGUUGAAAGUGAAUACCGGGUUGAACCUGCUGACCACCAACACCAGCAGCGACCAGUCGAUGGUGGACGACGGCACGUCCUCCAGCAACGUCGACGACAGACGAACCAAGACUGAGGCGGAGCUGGAGCGGGUGAAAGUGGAGAAUCUCCGGCUGAGAGACAUGCUGAAUCAAGUCAACAACAACUACAGCGCGCUGCAGAUGCACGUAAUGUCGCUGAUGCACGAUCAGAAGCCGUCGCCGCUUCCGCCGCCGGCGGACGAGCAGGACAACAACGGUGGAGGAGCGGUGGUGGUCCCCCGGCAGUUCAUGGAUCUCGGACUGGCGAAUUCCUCCGCUGCCGCUGGUGGCGGUACGACCGGCGACACGGAUGAAUUGUCGUUGUCGUCGUCGGAACGGGACCGGUCGAGGUCGCCGGCGGCGGAUGAAGGAUCGACGAUGAUGGCGGCGGCGGCGUUCGAGGGAGAGAAGAAAGCGGCGUCGGCGGCGGCGAGGGAAGAAGAGAGUCCGGAUCAAGGAGGAUGGGGAGGAGGGAAUAAGGUAGCGAGAUUCAACAAUUCGGCGAAGAGCGUUGAUCAGACUGAAGCCACAAUUAGGAAGGCGCGGGUGUCGGUUCGAGCUAGAUCAGAGGCUCCAAUGAUCACUGAUGGGUGUCAAUGGCGGAAGUAUGGGCAGAAAAUGGCCAAGGGAAAUCCGUGUCCUCGCGCCUAUUACCGCUGUACUAUGGCUACCGGCUGCCCCGUUCGCAAGCAGGUGCAAAGGUGCGCCGAGGACCGCACAGUGUUGAUAACAACCUACGAGGGAACCCACAACCACCCACUCCCCCCGGCGGCAAUGGCGAUGGCCUCCACCACAUCCUCCGCCGCGAGGAUGCUGCUCUCCGGCUCAAUGUCCAGCGCCGACGGGCUCAUGAACUCCAACUUCCUCACCAGAACUCUCCUCCCAUGCUCUUCCAGCAUGGCCACGAUCUCAGCAUCGGCGCCGUUCCCCACCGUCACACUGGACCUAACCCAUACCCCAAACCCUCUCCUCAGGCCGCCGCAGCAGCAACCACCCAACCACCACCAAAUCCAGCUCCCUUUCAUCCCCUCGCUGCAGGGCGGCGGCAGCGGCAGCAGCAGCUUCCCUGCCGCCGCUGCAGCAGCCGCCUUGCUGCCCCAGAUAUUCGCGCUUCACAACCAGUCCAAAUUUUCUGGGUUGCAGAUGUCACAAGAUAUCGACCAGCACAAUGCUGGCGCCGCGCAAUUCGGAGGCCAUCAGCAGAAUCCGUUGGCCGAUACGGCGGCUGCUAUCGCCGCGGAUCCGCACUUCACGGCGGCUUUAGCGGCGGCGAUUAGUUCGAUGAUUGGUGGCGGUGGUCAGGGGAAUGGUAACGCGAAUGCCACCGCCAGCAACAGUAAUGGCGCAAUAAAUACGAGCAACGCUAAGGGCAGUAACAAUAACAACAACACCGAUAAUAAUAAUAAUAAUAAUAAUAAUAAUAAUAAUAAUAAUAAUAAACAUAGGAAUUCUAGUUUUCCUGGAAACUAAUUACUUUUUUUACUCAAUUCUUUUUGAGUGUUCGUUUUUGGGUUUGGGGAUGGGUAUUAUUUAUUUCUUCUUCUUAUUGAUAAUAUAGGGAGAGAAGGAGAGGAAAGCAUAUAGAGUAUACGUGUGGAUUAAUCUUUUUUUGGGGGUUUUUUCACGGCGAAGGAGGGGAUCACAGGUUUAGGGUUUAGCUAAAUAGCUAGGGAGGUGUUAGUGAUUUUUUAUUUUAAUUAUGAGGUAGAGAAAUAGAGUGUAAUAAUUUACUAUAGGGUUUUGGGUAACUCUUGUUGCUAUUGUUUUUCUUUUGUCUCCAAUAAUAUGUUUCCAACUGUAUGUCAAUAUUGAAAGAAGAAACAGAAAGGAAUGGA